AUGGUAGAUGCAUCCUGUGGAGGGACAUUUAUGUUGAAGAGUGAGGAUGAAGCAUGGGCCUUAUUUGAAAAUUUAAGCAGCAAUUCAAUUCAUCAUGCUUCCACUAGACGUAGGGCACCUGCACCUAAAGCACCAAAGGCCGAAGGUCUUUUUGAGGUAGGAAAUUCUGAUGUAGCCACCCAAGUAGUUGAGGCUAUCACCAAGAAGCUAGAUCAAAUGACGAUUGCUGGUUUUGCUCCUAAUAUUGCUCACAUGCACACACCACAUGAAUCAUGCCCAUUUUGUUCUUGUCCUAUGCAUCAUGUAAAUGACUGCCCUACUGCUGGAAAUUAUACUGAUGUUGCUAAUGAGCAAGUUAAUGCAACUUUCUCCAGACCGGGUAAUGAUCUCUCGAUCAAGAAACCUCCUGGGAUUGUGGAAGAUGUCAUUAUCAAGGUGGAUAAGUUCUACUAG